AUGGCUGCCCAGUCGAGCUUGUACAACGAGGACAGAAACUUGCUGCGUAUUCGAGAGAAAGAGAGGCGGAAUCAGGAGGCUCUGCAGGAGAAAGACAAGUUCCCCGAGAAGACUCCCCUCUUUGCAGAACCCUACAAGACUAAUAAAGAAGAUGAGUUGUCAAGCCGAAUUCAGAACAUGCUGGGCAAUUAUGAGGAGGUCAAGGAGUUCAUCAGCAACAAAUCCCAUCAGAAUCUCAUAGGGAUUCCAGAAAGUGUUGCUCCUCUGAUCCCACAAGGAAAGCCUGAUCGCCCAUACUUCCCUGAAAAGACCAGCCAUACGUUACCAUCUUCAUUCCACCGCACAACCCGCCAUCCACCCAUGGGACCUACGGUUGUAGCUCGUCCCCCUCCAAGCCACUCCAUUCACUACCAAAAGGCACAAUCAAGAACAGAACCAGCUUCAGGUUUGCACGCCAAGAGUCACAGCUUAUCCAAUGGUCGGAGCCAAGGUCAAGAACACAAUCGUGGUGGCCAGGAAAGUCACGCAGGUUUUCACCACAAGAGAAAUGACAGGCGUGCGGUUGGUGAAGGUCGUGCUAAUGAACUGCAGGCCUCCCUUUUGGCGCUUUCUCCAUUGCUGUCAUCUUUGUCUUCUCCAGUGGCACCCCUGUCACCUCUACAUUCCAGCCAGCAUAUCAAUUCCAGGUCACAGAACAGCAGCAAAAGUCAUGGGCCGACCUACAGUCAAACAAAAUCAUCUCAGGACCUAGUGACAGCAUCACAGGAGAAGGAAAGUCGGGACAGCUCAGCCGUUAACCUGACCAGCACCACUCAGCCUUCCUCUCAGACUUUUCCCCCACCUUUGCCGUCAAAAACCAGUGCAAUGCAGCAGAAACCAACUGCCUAUGUCAGACCAAUGGAUGGCCAAGAUCAGGCACCAGUUGAAUCACCGGAGCUCAAACCGCUCCUGGAGGAAUACCACGGAGAACCCUAUGAAAAAAUCUCAGAUUUGAAGGCGAACGCCAAAGCCAAACUAUCCAAAUUGGAAAUCCCUUCUGAGCCUAUAGAGCAAACCUUCCCCAGUGAUGUCCACUCCAUUGAAGAAAUUUUGAAGGAAAUGACCCACUCAUGGCCACCUCCCCUGACAGCUAUUCAUACGCCUAGUACGGCAGAGCCUUCCAAAUUUCCGUUCCCAACAAAGGAAUCGCAGCAUGUUGGAUCUGUAGCACAGAAUCAGAAACAGUAUGACGCACCUUCAAAAACGUUGCCUAGUUCUCAACCAAGAACAUCAAUGCUCCAGGACGACCUGCAGCUCAGUGAUAGUGAAGAGAGUGGUGACGACCAAGUUGUUGAAAAGCCACCUUCUUCACUUGCUCCUCCAAGUGCCCUACAGUCCCAGCCCAAGAGUGUGGCAUCAGCACAUUCCAGCAGCCCGGAGUCAGGGAGCACCAGUGACUCAGACAGCUCUUCAGACUCAGAGACGGAGAGCAACUCGAGUGACAGUGAAGCAAACGACCCUCCAAGAGCGUCAGCGCCUGAGCCCGACCCACCAACUUCUAAUAAGUGGCAGCUUGACAACUGGCUAACCAAGGUGAACCCACCAGCAGCACCAACAGAGAGCCUCAGCGAAAUCACCCAUGGGGAUGGAUGCGAGGAGAGCAAGGAACAGGGGCAGGGCAGCAGCAGCAAUUCCUCCCACCAGCGCACUGAGCCGCGGGAGCCUCAUCACAAGAGCUCCGGCCGGGCGGCCAGGGCUCCUCAGGACGCUCAUCUUACGACCAAACGCAACUGCCAGAAGUCUCCUGUGCGCGCCGAGGAGCCCUCGCCCAGGCAGACUGUGGGUAUCAAAAGGCCUGGCAAGGCCUCGGUGCACGAGGGGCCCAAGGGACACCUGAAGGUGGAGAGUGACCCUGGUCCUUUUGAGGUCAGAGACCAGUCUUCCAGAGACAAGCCAAAAGUCAAAACGAAAGGGAAGCCAAAAUCCAGUGACAGAAAAGACCUGAAGCCGGCACUGCAAGAGCCCCCUGAAAACAGAAAGCACAAGAGCUCCCACCAGGCCAACGCCAAACCUGUCUCGGACCCCAAGCUCAUGAGAGAUGUUUUGCUUGGCAGUGCCCAGGAGCAUCUCGCUCUCAGUCCCCUUCCUCAAGGCCAGGACGCAACCCCCACCAGGACUAGUGGCCACAGGCCUGCCGUCAUGGCCAGAGAGGAUUUUCACAAGGAGAAACUUCCCUUGCCUAUCAGGGAGAAGAAGUUGCUCUCACCAGUGAGGGACUCCCCCGCCCCUCAGUCCCUCAUGGUGAAAAUAGAUCUCCCUCUCCUGUCAAGAGUCCCCCAGCCCCCCGGGAAAGGCAGUCACCCGAAGAGAGCAGAGGCCAAGGAACUCCCCGGUGCAAGGAAGCAGGACUUGGAGAGGAAAACCACAGACACUCCUGACAAGUCCCUUCAAAAGAGGAAGAGGGAAGUGGAGAAGGAGAUUGAUAGGAAGAAAAUGAAAUCAGAAAAAGAAACGAAAUCAUUGCAGUCUUCAGCUAACAAAGACUCCAAUAAAUUGAAAGCAUCAAAAGCUUCAUUGGAAUCCCAGAAGAAAGAUCUCCUGCUACCCCCGCCACUGCCACCCAUGUCUCCUGCUCAUCCUGCGCCAAAGUCAACCAAGGUGGCCCAAAAGAGACCCCGAAGUGAGAGCGGCGAGCUGCCUGCCGUGGAUAACACUGCCAGGAACAAGAGCAACCACAAGGAUCCUUUGUUCUCCAAGCACAAGAAAGUGGAGAGAAAUCACGCUGAACUGUCGAAGGGCAUCAAAGGAUCUGCAGGGGAUGUCACAAAUCCUUUCCCAGUGCCUUCUUUGCCAAAUGGUACCUCCAAGCCAAGGAGACCUCAACUCAAGUUUGAAAAACAGCAUCCAGUGGAAUACUACAUAGAAGAGGCCAAGAGGCUGAAGCAUAAAGCUGAUGCAAUGACCGACAAGACUGGAAAGGCUUUUCAGUACCUGGAUGCUGCCCUUUCCUUCAUUGAAUAUGGGAUUGCCUUGGAAUCGGAUGCACCAGCACCAAAAUCAGCUUACAGCAUAUUCAGCGACACCAUAGAUCUCAUCAAAUUCAUCAUGACAUUGAAAUCCUUUACAGACUCCUCAGCAUCUUCACAUGAAAAAAUCUUUGCCGUGUUAUGCAUGCGCUGCCAGUCCAUUCUGCACAUGGCAAUGUUUCGUUACAAAAAAGACACUGCAAUAAAGUAUUCCAGGAUCCUGAAUGACCACUUCAAGAGUUCUUCCAGAGUAACACAAGCACCUUCUCCCUGUGUUGCAAGAAGCACAGGCAUGCCUUCUCCUCUUUCUCCAAUGCCCUCUCCUGCCGGUUCUGUGAGUUCUCAGCCGGGAUCAAAUGCUACCAACUGCAGUGGCAGCAGCAUUGGCUCUUCAAUCACUGUCCCCUGUAAUAUCCCAAGCAUCACCUCUUCCUACGUCAACAUAACUUCUUAUAUCCUCUAUGCGUAUGAUAUUUGGGAACAGGCUGAUGCACUGGCCAGGAAGAAUAAGGAGUUUUUUGCUGAACUCAGCACAGCGACGUGUGCUCUGGCACUGAACAGUAGCAUGGCCGAACUGGUACACUACACUAGACAGGGUUUACAGUGGCUGAGACUGGAAACAAAUACGCCUUAACUGGUGCUCAAGGAGGUUAAGUACCUUGAACUUUUUUGCACUUUUGAAGCCUCAGAAACAGUCUGAUUUGUUGAAUCGUUGGAUACAAAGCACCUGCAAGGGAAAAUAAAUCAAGGUGGAAGGAAUC